CAAGGGCGGGAGGCGUGGUGCGCCUGGGGCCGGAAGCGGAGGGGGUGGGGGCGCGCCAGGUCCCUCCCUUGGGCCCGCGGACCUCGCGGAGUGCGGACAGGGGCCGGAUCGCACCAGGAGAUGGCGGCAGCGGUGGCCGUGAGCAGCGCCAAGCGGAGCCUGCGGGCCGAGCUGAAGCAGCGUCUGAGGGCGCUGAGCGCUGAGGAGCGGCUGCGCCAGUCCCACCUCUUGGCCCAGAAGGUGUUUACCCAUAGUGAAUAUCAAAAGUCCAAAAGAGUGUCCAUCUUUCUGAGCAUGCCAGAUGAAAUUGAGACAGAGGAGAUCAUCAAGGACAUUUUCCGACAAGGCAAAACCUGCUUUAUCCCGCGGUACCAGCUGCAGAGCAGUCACAUGGAUAUGGUGAAGUUAGCAUCGCCAGAGGAAAUCGCUUCACUGCCCAGAACUUCCUGGAACAUUCAGCAGCCCGGUGAGGAUGAGGUUCUGGAGGAGGCCUUGUCAACAGGGGGACUUGACCUAAUCUUCGUGCCAGGUCUCGGGUUCGACAAACUGAGCAACCGUUUGGGACGGGGCAAGGGCUACUAUGACACCUACCUGAAGCGCUGUCUGCAGUCCCAGGACGUGAAACCCUACACCCUGGCCUUGGCUUUCAAAGAGCAGAUCUGCCUCCAGGUCCCGGUGGAUGAGAACGAUGUGAGGGUAGACGAAGUGCUUUACGAAGACUCCUGAGCACCUUUGGCUCUGACGACCGCAGCUGAAUAAUCAAGGUUUUGUGCCAGAAAAAAGUCGAAUAUGUGUAUUUUCUCUUUGUCAGAAAUUAGUGGAAAUUGCACACUAAUGUGAAUAUGGGCUAUAUUGUUUUCAAUGUAAGAUACACCUAACAUGAAACCAGUUUUUAAAAUCAAUAGCCGUGUGUAUAAUAGGACAUUGAUUAAAACGGAGACUAUCACCAUGUGAUUUUAAAUUAACUUUCUGGCCUUAAUGUCCCAGGUUGGUCUCUCUGCUUUGUGGUGGUGGUGGUUUAGUUGCUCAGUGGAGCCUGACUCUUGGUGACCCCAUGGACUAUAGCCUUCCAGGCUGCCCUGUCUAUGGGAUUCUCCAGGCAAGAAUACUGGGGUGGAUUGCCAUUACCUCCUCUCGACCCAGGGAUUGAACCCAGGUCUCUCACGUUGCAGGCAGAUUUUUUUACCAUUUGAGCCAUUAGGGAAUCCCUGGUUCUGCUUUGAAGUGUAAGUUGAACAUUCAUGAGGCGCUGUGCUCUAACUCAGAGUGUGAGGGGAAAGGAAACUUAUGGGGAAUGGACACUGUCAUGAAGUCCUGUCAGGGGUCUGAGUCAGUCUGGCAGGCACACAGAGACCCAGCAAUUACUAAAUGAUUUGGAGUUUGCUUUGCAUUCAAAGUUCCCCAAGAAUAUUCUCCACUUUUAUCAUGGCUUCACUUACUCAACCGGAAAUUAUGUCUGACGCUUUCUAACAUUUGAUGGACAACAGACUAAAACCUUUUAUGAUUUAAAUAUUUAAAUC